AUGAAGUCUCUGAAGCCCGCCAAACAGCGCUUCAUCACAGAACACACCGUUGGCAUGUGCGGUGUCGGCAAGUUCCGUAAACGUUUGGGUCUCGACUCCGAGAACCGAUGCCCCUUGUGCGGACUGGAAGAAGACCACCUACACGUCCCCCGCUGCCCUUCGGACCGGGCCAAGACCCAAUGGCAGUUCUUACUCCAAGAACUCCAAGAAUGGUUCCAGUCCACCACCACUGCUACACCCAUUGCCCAAUUCCUCGGGGCCCUUCUUCGCACCAUCCGCAAUCCUAGCAACCAGCCUCAACCAGAGACUCCGUGGUACCGCCUACAAGGAAUGUCUUCUUCCGCCCUCACCCAAGUCUGUGAGGCUCAACUCCGCCUUGGCCCCCAAUGUCUCCUCGAAGGCCUUCUUGUCCACGGCUGGGCGGACCUCCAGCAACAAUUCUACCACUCUCGCGGUAGUCGCCGAUCCGGUAACCUGUGGGCUGCCAAUCUAUCUUGA